ACAACGGUUAGGGUUGAAUUUGGUGAUGCAACAAUGACAGUUGACCCUUCUGAUGAACCUUCUAUAAGUAGAUCUUACCCUAAUACCUAUGGACACCCUUUGGCUUAUUUUCUUAGGGCUUCUGCUAAGGUUUCUAAUGCUCAGAUCACAACUGAACACCCUCCUAUUAGGGUUGGAAUUGUUUUUUGUGGUAGACAAUCUCCUGGUGGACACAAUGUUAUUUGGGGUCUUCACUCUGCUCUCAAUAUUCAUAACCCUAAGAGUGUUUUGCUUGGAUUUCUCGGUGGUUCAGAAGGUCUAUUUUCCCAGAAAACUUUGGAGAUAACUGACAGUGUUCUCUCCACAUACAAAAAUCAAGGUGGUUAUGAUUUGCUUGGGCGUACAAAAGAUCAAAUUAAUACGACUGAACAAGUCAAUGCCGCACUUGCUGCAUGCAACAACUUGAAAUUUGAUGGCCUUGUCAUCAUUGGAGGUGUGACACCAAACACAGAUUCUGCUCAGCCUGCAGAGACUUUUGCUGUUGCAAAAUGUCCAACCAAGGUGGUUGGUGUUCCUGUGACUUCGAAUGGAGAUCUUAAAAACCAGUUUGUGGAAACAAAUGUUGGUUUUGAUACAAUUUGUAAGGUGAAUUCUCAACUCAUCAACAAUGUCUGCACCGACGCUCUCUCUGCAGAGAAGUAUUAUUAUUUCAUUCGUCUGAUGGGACGCAAGGCAUCACAUGUUGCUUUGGAACGCACUCUUCAGUCCCAUCCAAACAUGGUAAUUCUCGGGAAGGAGGUUGCUCAAUCAAAUAUUACCCUUUUUGAAAUUUCACGAUAGAUUUCUGAUGCAGUUUAGGCUAGAGCAGAGCAAGACAAAUACCACGGGGUAUCCUCCUUCCAGAAGGUCUGAUUGAGAGCAUUCCUGAAGUCUAUGCACUCUUAAAGGAAAUUCACGGUUUACUCCGACAAGGUGUUGUUGCUGAUAAGAUAUUUGUUCAGCUUUCACCAUGGGCUUCUGCUUUAUUUGAAUUUCUACCACCAUUUAUCAGGAGACAGCCGCUCCUUUACCCUGAAUCUGAUGACUCAGCACAGUUGUCUCAGAUUGGGACCGAGAAGCUUCUAGCAUACCUUGUGGAAGCAGAGAUAAACAAGCGGUAGAAACAAGGCACAUACAAGGGAAAGAAAUUCAAUGCCAUUUGCCACUUUUUCGGAUAUCAAGCUCGAGGAUCUCUUCCAUCAAAGUUUGGCAGUGACUAUGCAUAUGUUCUUGGACACAUCUGCUACCAUAUACUUGCUGUUGGUUUGAAUGGAUACAUGGCGACCAUAACUAACUUGAAGAAUCCUGUAAACAAGUGGAAAUGCGGUGCCGCUCCAAUUUCAUCUAUGAUGACAGUGAAGCGUUGGUCUCCAAAUCCCGGAGCUACGUCAAUCGGA